CUCCGCGAGAGAAGGGUUUACGGUUACCAGGGCUCGAUACAUUACCGUAUCGGUCCCCUCCACGGCCAAUGCUGGGCCCCAUUCCCGACGCCUUGGAUGGACGGGCACAGCGUGGUGUUCGCCAGGCUUGAGGUGCGUAUGGAUGUGGUGGAGGACUGCGGCGAUAUCGAACAGUUCCAAGAAGUAGUAGCCCCAACCGGACCUCUCCAUGAACGAGGUUCCAAUUCCAAUGAAGUAGCCUCCGACGGAAGAAGAACCUUCGAGAGGCGUCAGACCAUUCCGAAAUAUGUAUGGCACCGGAGGGACCUCACCCCAGGGACGAAUUGGCCAGAGAAAAUAUCUGUAUUUAUGUAUUCGGUCGAUGGGCGGAAGGAGCACUGGACGGGGCCCUGUUGCCACAGCAUAAUUGCCACAUGAUUAAUUCUGAAGUCAGACGGAGACCAGGACCAAGACCAAGACCAAGACCAAGAUAAAUGCUAAUAGAUAUACAUUUAUGAGUCUGAAGGCGGGGACGGGGCGCAGGCGAUGGCGACCGUUUCCAGGACGCUGGGCAAAUGUUGUGCAUAGCUGAGGAAGGCGGUUGGUGCU